CGAAGACGACGGGCAACAAAUCGACAGCGAGCACGACACGCAACAACACACAUCAUGUCGCGGAUAUCUACCUUCGGACGGGCGGUCAGCCAAUUGGCGACUCCAUCGACUUCUUCCAGCACCUGCAGAUCCUGUCAACUACGAAUCAGCGCCGCCUCGCAACAACGUCAAUUGCAGACUUCCGCUGCCCGACCCGCAUUCGUCGACCGCUUCAAGUCUGUUUUCAGAGGAAAGAAGGAGGAGGAAUCGACCGAUGUGACCACAGCCAGCGCGACAGAGGCUCUGGACCCUUCAGACAGGCAGCCCGAGUUCCCAGGAUGGUAUUUGCCCAAGGAGGACAUCCCCGAGGGAUGGGCCAAGACGCCACAGGAUGACUCUGCAUACGUUGUUGCUACUGAGGGCAAAGAUUUGGAGCACGUCGGAAGCGAGAAAUGGCUUGAGCUGCAGUUUGAUGACAAGCCAAACUACAAGGGAUGGUCAAAGGUGAAGAAGGCCAAUGGACUGAGUCCCAGGGACGCUGGAGCGCGAGUCAUCGAAGCUGCAAAGAAAGUUGGCCUUGGAGAGGCACGUCUGCAGCAGCUGGAACAAGAAGGCCUGGCCUUCGAAGUCAAUGACGUUCAGACAAAGUUCAAGCUCACCAAGAACUUGCGGACCGCCACGAACAUGCAAAUCCCGGACAUUAUCAUGCACAGAGCAACGACCCUCAAAGACUUCCAACAGGCCAUUCUUUCAAAGCCUAAGCCCAAGAAGCUGUCCAAGGAUCUGUUGGCCAACUCAGAGCUGAUGGCAAACCCCAAUCUGCAAGUGCGCGGACGCCGACAAACACCGAUUCACAAGGAAAGAGCGGUUGGCAGAUGGAAGGUGAUUGAGGAAGAGCUCGUGAACAGGGGCCUGCCUGUAUUUGGACAUGGAAUCAAGGCCGACAGGGGUAUUUCGCGCGACGAUCAGGCCGCAUAGAGUCGACAUGUUUUGAUCAAGUCAAUCCAAUUGUUCGACGAACGAGAGAGGUGCAGCAGGCAGAAUGACCUGGCAAAGACGAUUUUGUACAAAUAUCAAUGUAAGCGUUUUCGGUGAAUACUCAAAAAGUCUCCCGCAGACAUCUAGGAUGGUCGAACGAACAUGCUUGCUUUCCCAGCGGAUCGCGAUAUUGAAGGUGUGUUUUGCAAACAAGAGCCGGAACCCGAAUGGUGUUAAAGCCCCCUGGGGCGUUUGCAGGAAUUCCCGUGUCACUGGAAUAGUAGUCUGUGCUACUAUACAUAUCCGUCUCCAUACCGAGAACUUGGUUUGAUAUUGUUGAUGGUUCGUAACUUGCAGUAUAACCUAGAGAUGG